CGCCUCAUUCCGUCGUUGUUGCCUCCGCUCCGCCGCCCUCCUCCUCUUUCUCCUCCUCUCCCUUCCCUUUCGCCAUUCCCAUCGUCGUGAUGCGACGUAGCGUCGAAAAUCAUCGUUCCCUCGUAAACGAGGAAGGACGAUGACGACGAGCAAGCCUUCUCAUCGCAUUCCAAUUUUUCGUUGUGCCGGUGCGAGACCACCGCGACGCGACGUGCAGGCGGUGGACCGCAUGCAAAUCGAUAUACGGUUUACCGAUGUUGUGUACGUGUGUACGCGUGUCCGUGUGCGCCUAUGCAAGUAUUCAUAGCGGGAACGUCACGCGCGCGCGCGCGCGUGCGUGCGUGCCCUCACGCGCACACAGCGCGCCUCCGGAACGCCCCUUUUUACGAAACGAUCGAACUUCUUUCCCGCGCGAUCUCUUAUUAUCCGGCGCGCACGACGUCUCGCGCGUCGAUGUCUCGUGAGAGAUCUCGAUCCUUAGAGCCGCGUUGUGCCUCCCCCACGAUUACUCCAUUCUCUGUGCUCCGUCUUGGACUUCCACGUAUCGUUACACUUGGAAGGACCGCCCGAAAUCGGUCGGGUCAAUAAAAAUAAUGAUUUCUCUGUCAUGUGUGCGCGCGCGUCACUUUCGGUCAUCGCGAGAAAUCGUCGCAAUAAAAAUUUAAAUUUUUUAAUUUAAAAAGUAAUUUAAUUAAAAGAUAUUUUCCAGAGGAAAAUAUUUUUAUAAAAAAGACACUUAACAACUUCGUUGAAAUGUGGCUGAGAAGCGAACGGAUUAGCAGGAGAUUGCGUGGCCGUUUGAACUUGAGCGGUGUAACGGCAUCAAAGGCAACUGGGCACCGAGCACAAGUUGCUACAGUGAGAAAAGUACAACAUAUUAGUAACAGUGGUCGAGUAAUAGGAGCGUCAAGUAAAUGCAGUCGAUUGAAUCAGUGGCGACGUAGAUCGUCCAGUUUUUUAAAAGAAGCUUGCAAAGAAAAUGUCUUACACUUUGCCAAAUCCACACCUAUUAGACGGGAGAGAGGACCUCGCAGAAGAAAAUGCAUAAAACGUUCGAUGGUUACAUCGACUCCUUUGCAUCGUCCUCCGCCUAUAGAUACCGUAAUCUCUACUAAAAACGCGUCGUCGUCUAAAGUUUCGGAAGAAUCCAAGGAAAACUGGAAUGGUGGAUCUACUUUGCCUCUCUACUCACCAGUAACAAAUGCAGACUCGCAACGUAGUCCGAUGAUACCGCCAGUACACGAUUUAAAAUCUUCCAUACCCAGUGUGUCCUCGCUGACGUGUCUAAUGCCUCCGGUGUCCCUGGGAUCGCAGUCCUCAGAUCUCACGUGCUUGCUCGAUGAUGAAGAAAACAAAAACAACGAUACUACGCUACCAUCGUCGUUACAUUAUUCCUCUUUAUACACGCACGCUGAAACCUCUGCGGAAUACUACAGUUUGAUGCACUCAACGUCGAUAUACAACAACGUCCGUACAACCGCGUACAACUCGUCCGACAAAUACUUUCCGAACGGCGGAAAAUACUCGCUAAUCGAUAACAAUGAAAACCGCAGUGAUCUCCCAAAAGAUCAAUAUGCUAUUGAAACAGACCCAACAAAAUAUGAAACAACUGCUGGAUAUCCCAGCACAAAGUACAGUAUACCAGCAAGUAUGUACAAUAUAAAUCCUCAUCAUCCAUCCGAUACGAAUGGCAAUCUUAGUGACAAAUAUGAUUCCGAGGACGUCGACAGUCGUUAUCACGAGGUUGAAUACAUGGAGGUGGGUAGCGAGGAGAUAGUAGAAUCUUGCGAUGUAGAGAACAUGGUUACUCAAGUUCAGGAAGACUGGGAGCCGUUCGAUCCAUAUGUCUUCAUCAAACACUUGCCGCCCCUCACGCCGGCGAUGAGAGCGAGAUGUCCAGCUCUACCACUCAAAACACGGAGUAGCCCGGAAUUCAGUCUGGUCCUGGACUUGGAUGAAACAUUGGUUCACUGCAGUUUGCAAGAGCUAUCUGACGCUGCGUUUCGCUUCCCAGUAGUCUUUCAAGACGUAACGUAUACAGUGUUCGUUAGAACGCGACCAUAUUUCCGCGAAUUCCUCGAACACGUGUCAUCGCUCUACGAGGUGAUUCUGUUCACGGCGAGUAAACGGGUGUACGCUAAUAAGCUAAUGAAUCUGCUUGAUCCUACCCGGAAGCUGAUAAAAUAUCGUCUGUUCAGGGAACACUGCGUUUGCGUUAAUGGAAAUUACAUAAAGGAUUUGUCCAUUUUAGGCAGAGAUCUAUCUAAAACGGUUAUUAUCGAUAACAGUCCACAGGCAUUUGGUUAUCAGUUAGAAAAUGGUAUACCUAUAGAAAGUUGGUUUGCCGAUCGUUCAGAUAACGAGCUAAUGAAGCUAUUACCAUUUCUGGAAAAUCUGGUAAACUGGGGAGGUGACGUGAGACCGCGCAUUAGAGAACAGUUCCGAUUAUUCAGCUUUCUACCGCCGGAUUAAUUUAAAUAAUAUAUAUAAAAUUUAAGGUUGCCAAAGUAACUUGCAACCAUCAAAAAAAAAGAAAAUACAAAAUAUCUUAAAAAUACUAAAUAGAUAAAUAAUAGUUAUUCCGCGAUGCGUAGGAUAAGCCGCUAUAAUAUAAUACUUUACAAUGUUUCACAAAUGAAUAUGCCUGUUGGUAUAUAGAGAUGAAAUUAAAUACUUCUAGCUCCUUGGAAUUACUGUUCCUGAUUCAUUGUUCGCAAAAAUGAAUAUCUGUGAACGAACGGUGUUGCAUACACAUAUGUGAUUUUGUUAAUACAUUCGUUUUAGACUUGAAGUCUUAAAGUUAAAAACAAUAAUCAAAUGUCAUGAAAGGAAUAUCAGUGAGCAUAAUAGUCUUGUGAUUUACUGUAUAGUUUCUAUUAAUACUUCCAAAUGAAUACCAAGUCUCUCCAUGACGUGAUUAUAUGACCUCUGUAUAUAAUAGAUUCGUAUAUCUUACGUACAAAAUAUUAUUUCACAGUUUAUUAUUAUAACACAAUACUUAAGAGCAAUAUCUAUGUGAUUGGUACUUCAUUUUUCUUUCUGUCUCACCAUUAUGCGAAAUAUACGAUCUCAUUUAUCUUGA